AUGGCACCUUUGCAAACAAGCCCGUACGCCACGAUAGCGGUGCCGCUGUAUAGCACGACCAACACGCAGGCCGCCACACUCAUUCGUGUAGACCCACCCAUGAACAGCACGUCGCCAGAUUCACAAGCUUCGACAAAUCAGAGUAAGGACAGCGCAUAUGUGCCGACUUCCCAAGGCCAGCUUGCGAAUAGGACGACCAACGCCACUCGAAAGAAGCAGUCGCGAGCAUCGAGGCAAUGCGAGACUCAAGGUGCUCCAACAUCUAACACGACCUCUUUGCGAUUCUUCGUGGUCGACAACCCAGAUAAGCUCAAGGAUAAGCAUCAGAUGCGAGAGAACCGCAAACAUGUCAUGAAUGACUAUCUGUCAAAGGAGAGACGAAAGCCGGGAAGCACUGAUGUCCGUGCCACUGGAAGUGCCAACAGCAGCGGGAAACGCAAACGACCGCAGUCUCAAUCGUCAGCACGGUCUGAGAACCCCAGCGCCCCUGGCGUUAUUUUCAAAGCAGGAACAGUCUCAGACUCGUUGCAAAGCUCCGCCAGCCCUCCAGCGGCAUCUCAGGUUCCAGUAAUAUCUAAUGGUACUCAACAUUCAGCGAAUGCCGCAGAAGAAGUCAAUCCGGCGUCCGAGUUGCCCCGGACGACACCACGUAGAGUCAUUCGAUUUGCAGAUGAUGAAACCCCUUUGGUGAGAGGCAUUGCUGGAGGCUUCAACAAUUCACGUUACUUGCGUACCUCAGCAGGAGAUGUGCCCAUGCCAGUAGCCCGUCUUGGAAGCUCGCUGAACCCUUUUAACACAUGGCCGACACUUUCGGAUCCAUCCUUGGAUGUAGAACAACUGAAGUGGAGCUGCAGUCGCAAAUUUGGCAGUCGCGGCAUCGUAGCACAUUGGGUACCCAGCCUUCUCAAGGCAAAACAUGCCUUCCUGAGCACCAUCUGCAUAUCAUCCUCACACGACGACGUCAUGAUGAGAGGCUUGCAGGCCCCCCACGAGAGACUACGCUACGGCUCGACAGAUGGCAUCAAAGUGCGUACAGAGGUCAUAUCGAUGAUUAACGAUGCUCUCGCAGAUCCGAAACAGCAAGCGGCAGACGCCACAAUCGUAGCCGUGCUCCACCUCCUGAAUAGCGAGGUCAUGGGUGGUGAUGAUCAGACCAUGUCGGUACAUCAGCGAGGUCUCCAUCAGAUGAUUCGCAGAAGAGGAGGACUGGAAUAUCUUGGUGUCGAUGGAGAGCUGGCUGUAUUAUCAACAAUGGUAAUGUACCUCAUAUCCGCCCUACGAGAAACCGAGCCACAUGCAGACUUCGUCACCUUCGCCGCACAAAAACGCGCAAAGCCUGGAACCGACUUACGUCAACUGCCAGAAUCCCCAAUCUACUGCAGAAUGUCCGGCUACCAUACCAUAACCCGAUCAAUCCCUCCCGAGCAUCCGACACAUAAGCUGCUGGAGUCAUUACGACUGCUGACCAAUAGCUACGUACGUCGAUCUGAUGCCUCCUUCAUAAGUCCAUUGACUCCCAUACACGUCAAUGCAUCCUGGGAUCAGUCCACGAAUAGCGUUCUUACUCAUCGGGACGCGAUCUUUGCCACAAUACCGGCGGAGGAUCGACCGGACGACUUUAAGAACGCGAGCGAGAGGUAUCAGUUCGAGGCGGUGCGGUUGGUUGGGCUUGUUUAUGCUUACGCGCUGGCGAACGAAGUACCUUUCUCCAAAGCAGCAGCAGAACUCGGCGGCUUCACCGCAGCAUCCACCAGAAAUCCCACCACGAACCCACCACCACGCUCCACCAGCCCCACACCAGAAAACAUGAGCUGGCACCUCCUCAUCAAAUCCGCCCUAGUCUGCACAAACCUCAGCGACUGCUGGGGCCACUUGGCCGGCGUUCUCUUCUGGGCCGUGAUCGUAGCAGGCGCAUGCGCAAACCCUCAGGCAAACAAGCAGAACACGCAGAAUCCCGAGGAAGAUGAAGAAGGGCGAAAGUGGCUAGCUGCUAUCGCUGUGAGAUGUUCGAUUGUCAUGGGGUUUGAGCACGGGGGUCCGUUGCUGGAGACGUUGAAGAGGAUGGUGGGGAUUGAGAGGAGUCUUGGAAGGGUGGAGGGGGAAGGGGUGGUGGUGAACAGUGGUGGUGGUGGUGGUGGUUUGGAGUUGGGUGAGGGAGGAGUGAUGGGACCUCGGGUGCCGGUGGUGCAGGGGACGUUUUCGGAUUUUGCGGCGGAUUUUAUGAGUGGGUGUGUAUGA